UAUUUGUAGAUGGUCAUAAAUCACAUGUAUCGCAUCUAUCGAUGAAUUUUUGCAAAAAAAAAACGGUAUUAUUCUGGUUUGCUUACCAGCGAACACAACGCAAAUUACCCAACCGUUGGAUGUGUGCUUUUUCAGGCCACUAAAGGUUUAUUGGAACCAGCUUCUUGUAGAGUGGAGGAUCGAACAUUGUGGCGAUAUGCUCCCAAGAAGCGAAAUCGCCCCGUUGCUUAAGAAAGCCGUUGAUAGAAUGGAAAAUCUAACUUCGACACUUGAAAAUGGAUUUAAACGAUGUGGGUUGUUCCCGUUCAACGCUGAUUCAGUGAAUUACAGCUCAUUGACAUCUGGAUCCUGCAAGGAAUCAUCGAUCAUGGCUCCGAAUUUUUCCCAAAAUGACACUUUAAAUGCCGUACAAACACUUUAUCAAUUUGAAUCAUAUUUGUCGCAGCAACAAUUGAAAUGUUUUAUGCAGAGCCAAACUGGGAAUUGGACUGGACCAGUAGAAGAUACAGGCUUGUUCACGGUAUGGAAACGAAUGAGAGAUGAUACAGCAGGUAAAUCGGGUGAAACAAGUUCGAUUCUCGAAACAGAAAAUAUUUGUCAGCUCUCGGAGGAUGAAGAACCGCCCUUUAUGGGUUUCCCGGAAGCUGAAAUUGAUGUCCAAGGUAGAAUCCGUGAUUCUGAGAACAGCGUGGCUCACACUCUGAUGGACAUUUUGAACACAUCAUUUCCUAAACCUAAAAAGGUACAAGAUUCCAAACCAAAAAAACACAAAAUUCAUCCUCCUUCCGUGGCUACUGGUAAGGCUUAUGAAGAGUACAUUGAAAAGAUCGAGAAACAGAAGAAAGAAGACGAAUUAAAGAAGCAGAAAAAGAAAAUUGAAAGACUGUUGAAGAAAGCUGCCAAAGAGGAGAGUGUUACCAAGAAGCGAUUAGAUAAGAUCCGCAUAAAAGUGUAAAAAUACUUGUGUUUUUGAAUAAUAAAUAAUAUGAUUCAUGCUUUUUAAAUGUAUUUUGUCUCUUUUGAUUAUAAAAUAAGUAUACACGACUUUUAUCUAACGAUUUGUUUGAUUUCGAACAUGCGCGAAAUUAGGACCCAUUUUGUGCGAAAUUAGGAACCAUCCAAUAAUUGUGCACGAAUUUAGGCACUUUCAAUCGAGUCAAGUUUAUUCCGUAAAUGUGGUUAUGUUAUAGCACUGGCUCUAAUUAAUAUUUUUCCAAA